AUGUCAAUAAACAGCUUUGAUGAGCUCCUGGGAUUGAUGUCCAUCCAUUUGCAAUGGCAGGAGACAUUCAUGAGGGACAGCAUAGCACCAGUGGAAAGAAUGCUCAUAACGUUGCGGUAUUUAGCAACUGGACAGUCAUUGGUCAAUCUGCACUAUGCCUUCAUGAUUGGUAAAUCGACAGCAAGCGACAUCAUCCGGGAAACAUGCAGUGCCAUAUGGGAUGUCCUUCAUGCUGUUGUGAUGUCCAAACCAAACAAGGAUGAGUGGCAGAAAAUUGCCCACACAUUUUACCAAACAUGCAAUUUUCCUAACUGUGUGGGAGCGCUAGACGGAAAGCAUAACCGCGUGAUAAAACCCAAGAGGAGUGUCAGUAGAUUUUUUAAUUAUAAGAAAUACUUUUCCUUUGUCCUUUUUGUCGUAUCUGAUGCCAACUACUGCUUCAGAUACAUAGAUGUUGGAUCGUAUGGAAGCAGCUCAGACUCUGCGGUAUUCGCUCAUUCAGAAUUUGGACAAAUGUUGAAUACCAAUGCUCUGGACCUUCCGGGGAACACCAAGCUGCCUGGCACCGCUGAUCCGGCUAUGCCUUUCGUAUUUGUAGGAGACGAGGCAUUUGCUCUAGGUCGAGGACUGUGCCUUGAGAGAAGGGUCUUAAAUUAUAGACUAUCCAGAGCUCGCAGGGUGGUGGAGUGUGCAUUUGGCAUACUGUCAAACAAAUGGCGCUUUCUGCACUCUCCAAUCAACCUGAAAUUGGAGAACGCCAUCUCUGCGGUUAAGGCAGUUUGUUGCCUUCACAAUUUUGUACGCCAAAGGGAUGGAUUCAAUUUUGAGGAUUCAUUGGUGCAUUCCAUGGAGAGUACAAAUUGCACCGGCGUCCGUGGUAUCACACAUGGAGCCACCAUUAGGGACAAGUUUGCGGCAUAUUUCAUAUCACCGGAGGGGGAGGUGCCAUGGCAAUUGCAAGCUAUACAAGCUUAA